GCAAGAACAGCUCACGGAGUUCUCUGCUCCCCCUCCCCCCAGAGCCGCAGGGACAGGGUGCCCACGGAGCGGAGUGGCACGGGGCCAGGACAGGCAGGGAGCCUACCCUGGCCCCGGUGCGCGCCCCUGCCACCCCGGAGCCACUCAAGGGAAGAACUGCAGGAGGUCGGUAGAGAGGAGAUGGUCCCUGUGCCUUCGGUUCACUGGUGUCUAUUCCAGAAGUUGUGGAGAUGCUGCCGGGAGGAGGACUGGACGUCAGCUUUGAUUACAGGAGAGAAUGCAGCAAAGCACUGAGGACCGUCCAGAGUCAGAUCAGGAAGAUGCUGCCCCUCUGCUCAACCAGCAGUUGUCACUUGGGAAAGGACUCUGCUCAGCUUGCUACAGCCUGGUUCUCAUCCUGCACUUCUCCCUCUUCAUGAUGUAUUCGCUCCGGGUCAAUCUCAGUAUCGCCAUCACAGUCAUGACGAACGGCACCAACCCGGGCAGCCUGCCCAAUAGCUCCACGGACGUGUGUCCCAAUCGCUCCCACACUCAGCCCAACGGCUCCCACCGAGAAUUCACCCAAGGAGAUGCAUUUUUGGGACCUUCAUCACCUUCCCUGCAGCUGGAAUCAUCUGCCAGUAUGUGGGGUGGCCUUACGUCUUCGAGCUUGGGACAAUGGGACCUUCUCCAAGGCAUCUCUCACGGACGGGCCCUUCUACUCCUGGCCAUGAUUAAAUCGCUGUCUCUUUGGGCCAUUGCAGUCCGUUUCUGCAAUGAGUGGCUGUUCUACACGCUGCUGAUGUCAAUGCCAACGUACAUGAAUGAGGUGCUCCACUUUGACAUCGGAGAGAAUGGUCUCCUCACUGCACUUCCUUACAUUGGGAACUGGCUGGGUACCAUUGUGUCGGGGGUGCUGGCAGACUUCCUCCUGUCCAAGCUAGUGUUCAGCAUAGCAACACUUCGGAAGCUCUUCUCGGUGCUGGGGAUGAUGCUCCCAGCCGCCUUCCUGGUGGCCGUGUCCUACGUCGGUUGUGAUUACACAGCAGCUGUGGUCUUUCUGACAUUGUCCAUGACUGCAAUCAGCACGUGCGGGGCUGGUUUCUACAUUAACCGGAUGGACAUUGCUCCCAGUUACGCUGGGUUUGUGCCGGGAGCCAAAAACACCUUCGGAACAGGAAAUAAUUCGGGAAUAAUUGCUCCCACCGCAGUUGGAUUCCUCACCAUCCAGGACCUCCUGACUGGCUGGAGGAAUGUCUUCUGCAUGUCAGCGGCCCUAAAUCUCUUUGACCCUCUGUUCUAUAUAACCUUUGGCAGUGGAACUAUCCAGGAUUGGGCUAGAGAGGACACUGCUCUCCAGUGAAAUGCCAAGACAUCCUGCCAGGGGAAGAAUGUGUAACCAAGGCAGGAGGCGGAAAACACCCUAGUGAACAUAGAUUAAUUAAGUUUCAGAGUAGCAACCGUGUUAGUCUGUAUUCGCAAAAAGAAAAGGAGUACUUGUGGCACCUUGGAGACUAACAAAUUUAUUUGAGCAUAAGCUUUUGUGAGCUACAGCU